GGCGAAGUCCAGAAUAGGACCGAGAGUCGACACACCGCACCGCGUACCUGCUUAAGAGUUGCGGACGCCUCACCAGUACCGGUAAACUCAUCAGUCUGAUACAGACAGAAGAGGAUUUAGUCGCGGAUAACUUUAAUAGAGAAAGGAACACAGUUAAAGUAAGUUUUGUGGGAUUUCUACACAUUCGUAAGAUUUAAUGAGACCGAUAAGGAGGACUGACUGAGCUGGACCACAGAGAUGUUCUGAAAUGAUGGCAAAUAUUAAAACCCGCGCAUUGAAGAGCGAAGAGCGGAAAAGUAUGGCUUAGCUCCUCGCUUCUGGGAAGAGCUGUGAUAACGUUUUCAGGGACACUCAUGUUUCUGUGGAGAAGAAGGAAAGAAAGUUUGCUGCGCUUCACUCGGAUAGUGUGAGACAGACAGAGCAGCUCCGCUCCGACUGUUCCUCCUCUCGUUCGCCUGGCUUCGCCCAGAACUGUCCCUACAAUGUCCAAACCCGGGGCAAAGAAGUCGCACUGGACUUCCAGAGUUAACGAGUGCGCCGUGAUUAAGGAUGCACGCGGGGAGCUGAACGUGUCCCUGCGCGGCGGCGCGGAACACGGCGAGUUCGCGGUCAUCGGACCGGUAAACGACAACCUGGUGAUUUACAAACACGGGAGAUUAAACGAGGGGGAACUACUGCUGGAAGUGGAGAACCUCUCCAUUUCGGGAUUACCCCUGUAUGACGUAGAAAGCGUAAUAAGAAACUGCAAAGGACCCGUGAGGUUGAAAACUGUCAGACCAGGAAACAAGCUGAACAAGGACCUAAAGACUUACUUGAGUCAACGCUUCCAGAAAUCGUCGGCUGACCACGAGCUGCAGCAGACCAUCCGUGACAACCUUUACCGUCACGCAGUGCCUUGUACUACACGUGCUCCACGGGACCAAGAAGUUCAUGGUGUGGAUUACAACUUCCUCUCGGUGGAGGAUUUUUUGAAGUUGGAAAAAAGUGGAACCCUUCUGGAAAUAGGAUCAUACGACGGUAACUAUUAUGGGACGCCCAAGCCACCGGUGCAGCCCCCCGGUGGGAAAGUGAUUAGCAAUAGUAGUAGUGGCGGUGAUGUGCCACUGCUCGUCGGGCUCAACAGUAGCCUGCCAGGCUCGCAGAACUCCACUCCUCGACGCGCCAAGUCCUACAAUGACAUGCACAAUGCUGGAAUAGGGUUUGGAGAGCCGCAGCUGGAGGACGACGAGGACCUCCCUGACAUGAACAGCAGCAUCACAGGAGACUCCAGUGAAUUAGACGAAAUUCAUCAUUCAGUGCGCCCCUACGUCCCUCGCCAGAGUGACCUGUCCUACUCUGGGACGAGCCCUUCGCCAUCGGCCACCACGGAGAGCACACAGCAAACAAACUUUCACCUGAGCCAUCCUCCCCAAGAGGACCAGCUGGGACCUCUGCCUGAAAACUGGGAGAUGGCCUACACCGACAGUGGAGAGGUCUACUUUAUAGACCACAACACAAAGACGACCUCUUGGAUAGACCCUCGGUGCCUGGACAAGCCGCAGAAACCCCUGGAAGAAUGUGAAGACGAUGAAGGGGUUCACACAGAGGAGCUGGAUAAUGACCUAGCAGAACUUCCACCAGGAUGGGAGAGAAUAGAUGAUCCUGUGUAUGGCGUCUACUAUGUUGAUCAUAUCAACAGGAAGACCCAGUAUGAACAUCCGGUGCUAGAAGCAAAGAAGCGCCGGCAGCUUGAGCAGCAGCCUCAGCCCCAGAGUCAGCAGCCACCUGAAGGUGAGCGCUACAUCCGAGAGUGGAUCGAGGACUCUGCUCUGGCGGGCGCUCCAUUGACCAACUAUGCCUCCAACCACGAGACCUACAGGGACCCUCAGACGGGCCCCACAGUCCCCAAUGCCAUGGGACAAAAGCGAGGGAAGCCUUUCUUUACGAGAAACCGGUCUGAACUCAAGGGGACCUUUAUCAAUACCAAACUGAAGAAGAGUCGCCGGGGUUUCGGUUUCACGGUUGUUGGAGGAGAUGAGCCGGACGAGUUCCUGCAGAUAAAGAGCCUAGUCGUUGACGGACCUGCUGCCCUUGAUGGGAAGAUGGAGACAGGUGAUGUGAUUGUGAGUGUCAAUGACAUCUGCGUGCUGGGCUACACACAUGCCCAGGUGGUGAAGAUCUUUCAGUCCAUCCCAAUUGGCUCCAUGGUGAAUUUGGAGCUGUGUCGUGGCUACCCGCUGCCCUUUGACCCCGACGACCCAAACACCAGCUUGGUUACCUCAGUGGCUAUCCUCGACAACAAGGAACCCAUCAUUGUUAACGGCCAGGAGGUCACCAACAGCUAUGAUUCUUCAGCCUCUUACAGCAGUCAAAGCACUUACAAUGGCCCAACCAAUAGUGGGGCACCUCUCAACGGCCUUCCUCGACCAAUCAGCCCCUCCACAGAAGUGGCCUCUGAUACAUCCUCUCAACUUGGCUAUUCUAGCGAUGUCGUGAACCUGGCCUCUUCUAUUGCAACACAACCUGAGCUGAUUACUGUGCACAUGGAGAAAGGAGACAAGGGCUUUGGCUUCACAAUCGCGGACAGCCCUGGUGGCGGAGGGCAGAGGGUAAAGCAGAUCGUGGACUAUCCCCGCUGCCGUGGCCUCAGGGAGGGGGACAUCAUAGUGGAGGUGAACAAGAGGAACGUGCAGAGCAUGUCCCAUAACCAGGUGGUGGACCUGCUCAGCAAGUGUCCGAAAGGCAGUGAAGUCACCAUGCUGGUGCAGAGAGGAGUGGCACCUGCAAAGAAGAGCCCCAAACUGGACUAUGUUCACGCGGCCCCCCCGUACAAAGAUUACACUCGGAUGCAAUUGUCGAGGAAAGACAGCCAGAACAGCUCCCAGCAGAGCGUCUCCAGCCAUCGGAGCGCCCACACAGACUCACCUCUGCACCAGUCCCUGGCGGCCCCUCUCAACGAAAGCAGCGCCCCCCCACCCCCAUCACAGCCCUUGCCAGGACUCCCUGCACAGGACUCCCAAGGGGACGGGACUAUCCAGAGAAAACCGGAUCCCUUUAAAAUCUGGGCCCAGUCCAGGAGCAUGUAUGAAAGUAGGCUUCCAGACUUCCAGGAGCAAGACAUUUUCCUGUGGAGGAAGGACACGGGCUUCGGCUUCAGGAUCCUUGGAGGCAAUGAGCCGGGAGAGCCUAUCUACAUCGGCCACAUAGUGAAGUAUGGCGCCGCAGAUGAGGAUGGACGCCUGCGGUCCGGUGAUGAACUGAUAUGCGUGGAUGGGACGGCAGUGGUGGGAAAGUCGCACCAACUGGUGGUGCAGCUGAUGCAGCAGGCUGCCAAACAGGGCCACGUCAACCUCACUGUGAGACGCAAAACCAGCUAUGCCGUAAAAGCAGAAGGAGAUGUGCCUCCAUCGCCGGCGUCCUCACACCACAGCAGCAACCAGGCACCCAGCCUGACGGAGGACAUGGGGAAGCGCACCCUGCAGGGCAGCCAGAACUCCCUCAACACCGUCAGCUCCGGCAGCGGCUCCACCUCCGGAAUUGGCAGCGGCGGAGGAGGAACAGGACUGCCAGUCGGCGGGAACGCCGUGGUCGCGGCUGUGUCUGCCAACAGCACCUCCUCCCAGCCUCCAAACAGCACCUCCAUUGCCUCCUCCUCCUCUACCCUGCAGCCGUACGACGUGGAGAUCCGCCGCGGCGAGAACGAAGGAUUUGGCUUCGUCAUUGUUUCUUCUGUGUCACGGCCGGAAGCAGGCACCACUUUUGCUGGAAAUGCAUGUGUGGCCAUGCCUCACAAAAUAGGGCGAAUCAUUGAGGGGAGCCCAGCAGACCGUUGCGGGAAGCUGAAGGUCGGCGACCGCAUCCUGGCCGUGAACGGAUACUCCAUCACCAACAUGUCCCACUCGGACAUCGUCAACCUCAUCAAGGAGGCUGGGAACACCGUCACGCUACGCAUCAUCCCAGGGGACGAGUCAUCAAACGCAUCCCUGUUGACAAACGCAGAUAAGAUUGCCACUAUAACCACAACUCACACACCUCAGCAACAGGCCGCUCCUGAAGCCAGGAUCAACACCAAACCCAAACAGGAAUCUUUCGACUAUAAACCCCCCCAGGCGCCCCCGCCCCAACCCCCUGUGCAGCCCUCGCCUCCCCAGGACGGAGAGUUCUACUCUGUAGAUCUGGAGCGAGACAACAAGGGAUUCGGCUUCAGCCUGCGGGGAGGCAGAGAGUACAACAUGGACCUGUACGUGCUGCGGCUUGCCGAGGACGGAGCAGCUGUGCGCAACGGAAAGAUGAGGGUUGGCGAUGAAAUCCUGGAGAUCAACGGCGAGAGCACCAAAGGUAUGAAGCACGCCCGGGCCAUCGAGCUCAUCAAGAACGGAGGCCGGCGCGUCCAUCUGGUGCUUAAGAGGGGUGACGGCUCUGUGCCUGAAUAUGACGGCAACGUCGUCGACGGCGCCAUCUCAGCCAACACAGCCACAGGGGUACAAAACGCUGCGGAAGUGAGCACGCUCCCCCCAAAUGAUGUACCAUCAGAGUUGAGCUUUCCACCAGAACCCCAGCAACCAUCUCGGAGUAAGGAGCCCACCAACCGCUCUGAAGGCACUGGCAAGCCUCAUCGUUCCAAACACCGCCACCAUUCCCCCACGAAAACCAGCAAGGGAAAACAUAGGAGGAACAAGUCCCCCGGAAAGAGCGGGCCCAAGCAAUCUAAGAAGAAGAAUUCCAAGGAAAAUGAUCAGCACCAUUCCAACGGACACCAUCGAAGGCGUCACCGUUCACCCAACAAAGGGCAAAGGUCGCGCAGUGCAGAUAACAACUUGGAUAGUGGGCACAGGGGCCAAAGGCGAGGCCGCUCUCCAGAGAGACGCCAAGGUCAACAUUCCUCCUCUAACCAUCGCCACCACUCUCCUCGCCGCUCUCCUUAUCAUCCCCCUCGCCGCUCUCCUUACCGCUCACCUCACCGUUCGCCCAGGCAGUCGCCUUACCGCCACAGAUCCCCCUACCGGUCAAGGUACCACUCCCCCAAUAGACGCCGCUACCACUCCUCAGAUCCCUACCGAAAUUCCUCGCCAAACAGGCAAACCCGCGGCAACGAGAAGCCCAAUGUUGACGAGGCGGUAUUGAGGGAGCCGUUCCAGACUCCUGAACCCAGCUUCGGUUUCGAUGACACUGUCCUACGUGAGACACCAGCCUUGGACCGCUUGAACAGGGAUAGCACUCUACAGCCUUUAGGGAGAGAUGAUCGCUUGUUCGGUGACAACAGCCUACUGGCAAAAGCCUCAACCAUGGAUAGAGCCUACAGGCGGAGAGACGUCCCAUCCCGUAGCCAGCCAAAUGACUACAGAGACCCCAUCCUGCCCAGAGUGCGCACUCCUGACUUUGAUUCAGCAUAUCUGAAAUACAGCACACUGUUGAGGGGGCGUUCACCUGCACUUACGGAAGGAGAUGGGCGCUUUGGCAGUAGAGAUAGCAUACCUGAACCUCGGUACAGAGCCCGUAGUCUGGGACGAGACAUCUCCCCGGUUAGGACCUUCAGAAGGGAUGACUCAGAGGAUGAAGAGGACGAUGACAUUUUCGUAGCAGAAAGAGUUAGAGAGUACCACAGCAUGCUCAAGACCAACACCACUCACUCGUCAAAGCCCUUGCUCCCGGAACCUAAGAAAACCUACAAGGAGAAUCCCAAAGACCUGAGCAUCUGAUUGGACAGCUGUCAGUUAACCUCAGCAAGCACCCACACAGCUCCUUAACUACUCACAACCUGCAGGAAUGCAACUACACAUACUCACACAGACAUGGAGUACCAUUACACACAUACAUAACUUAACAUACAUAAAUUAACUAUGUUGUUACAAACAAGAUGGUGAUUCCAAAUGACUUUUAAAGCCUUUUUUUAAUUGUUGGUUUUUUUGCCUUUUUGUUUAAACAUUCUACAUUUACAGAAUUUUCCAAAAAAAUAAAUAAAUAAAUAAAACCAGAAAAAACAAUGAUGUGCCUAACAGUUCCAUGAAAUAUUUUGAAUUUGACUUGAUAUGUAGAGGGGGGAUUUUGAGCCCCACUCUCAGACCGAGAAAUGUAUGUACUUUUCCACGAGGAUCCCAUGGAGGUAACGCACACCUGGAUCACCACUACCGGUGUGCAUGUCUUUACCGGUUUCAGUGUCUCUCUCUUCUCUCACUUCUCCCAGUGCCACUGUUUUUUAGACAUUUGACCAGACUAUAGCACAAGCCUGCAUUCGUUUGUAUAUUUUUGACAGUUUGCAGUAUGUGUAUAUUGAGAGGUGAUCAUUUUAAAGAAUAAGGGGAACAAUAAAAGUUAAACUAUGAUGAUGAUGACGAUGAUGUGAAAAUAAAAUAUAUUCAACAAACUAA